AUGUUGAUAAGAUUAGAUANUUAUAUUUAGACACUCAAAUGGUAAGUGAAUCCUCCAUCUUAUACUUAUUGGAUUAAUUGGUUUACAGAUUAAUGGGAUAUUUAUGCAAAUAAUCAUGCUAUCAAUCUUUUUUUUAGAAAACCAAACGAAGAAUCCUACUAAUGUAUUUAAAUUUUAAUAAAAAGUAUUUAGAAAGUUAUGUUAACUUAUUGAUUGCACCUUAUUAGAUAUUCAAACUCUUCAAUAUAUGCCUAGAACUAUAGUUGCCUCCUUUAUGUAUUUAAUAAUUUCAUUUCAACUGAAUGUUUUUGAAACUGAUAUGUUAGAAAUCAUGUCCAGAACAUCAAUGUUUCUAUUAAAUCGUAAGUUUAUUUAACCAUAUUAAUUAGGAGAUAAUUAAUUUAAUCUAAUAUUUGGAUAAUUUGUAUCAAUCACUUUUGGCUUUGCUUUAUAAGAUAUUUUACCAGCUAUACAGUAUGCAGUUGGUUUUUAUGAAUUAGAAAUCAAUUAUGAAACACCUCCUGGAGUUGUCCAUUUAUCGAAUACUCCUUUGGAAGUAACAUUAAAUUUUAAACUUAGUCAAAUUAUGAAGAAUUUCUUUCAUUUUAAUGUUAUUCAAAAUACUUACUUGAGUUUAUCAGAUAAAAAACAAGAGAUUGA